AUGUCUCGGGAACCCAGUCCACCUCUCUCUGGAGAUAUGUCUACUGGUCCUAUAGCAGAAAGCUGGUGUUAUACACAGGUUAAAGUGGUAAAGUUUUCCUACAUGUGGACCAUUAAUAACUUCAGUUUUUGCCGAGAAGAAAUGGGUGAAGUGUUAAAAAGUUCAACAUUUUCAUCUAGCCCCAGUGACAAAAUGAAAUGGUGCCUGAGGGUAAAUCCAAAGGGAUUAGAUGAUGAAAGUAAAGACUACUUGUCCUUAUAUUUGCUUUUAGUCAGCUGUCCAAAAAGUGAAGUUCGAGCAAAAUUCAAAUUUUCCCUUCUGAAUGCUAAAAGGGAAGAAACAAAAGCAAUGGAAAGCCAAAGAGCAUAUCGAUUUGUACAAGGCAAGGACUGGGGUUUUAAAAAAUUCAUUCGAAGGGAUUUUUUGCUUGAUGAAGCUAAUGGUCUUUUACCAGAUGACAAGCUUACAUUAUUUUGUGAGGUGAGUGUGGUCCAAGAUUCAGUAAAUAUAUCAGGACAUACUAAUACAAAUACUUUGAAGGUGCCUGAAUGUCGACUAGCAGAAGAUUUAGGUAAUCUCUGGGAAAAUACAAGAUUUACAGAUUGCAGUUUUUUCGUGAGAGGACAAGAAUUUAAAGCUCAUAAAUCUGUACUUGCAGCUCGAUCCCCAGUUUUUAAUGCAAUGUUUGAACAUGAAAUGGAAGAAAGCAAAAAGAAUCGAGUGGAAAUAAACGAUGUAGAUCCUGAGGUUUUUAAAGAAAUGAUGAGAUUCAUUUACACAGGGAAAGCGCCAAACCUUGACAAGAUGGCUGACAACUUGUUGGCAGCUGCAGACAAAUAUGCACUGGAACGGCUGAAGGUCAUGUGUGAAGAAGCUUUGUGCAGUAACCUCUCAGUAGAAAAUGUUGCUGAUACCCUUGUCCUUGCAGAUUUGCACAGUGCAGAACAGUUGAAAGCACAAGCCAUAGACUUUAUUAAUAGGUGCAGUGUACUUCGACAGCUUGGGUGUAAAGAUGGGAAAAACUGGAACAGCAACCAAGCAACAGACAUAAUGGAAACAUCAGGGUGGAAGUCCAUGAUUCAGUCUCACCCUCACUUGGUAGCAGAGGCCUUCCGAGCACUAGCAUCUGCACAGUGCCCACAGUUUGCUGUUCCACGGAAACGGCUAAAACAGUCUUGAAAUCCUCCAUGAACUGUAGGAAAAUGGAACUGACUUUUACUUCUCCAGGUCCAGAAGGAUUCUAAUACACAAACCAUAAGCAAGAGUUGUUUCUGUUGUCUUGUCCACAGAACAGAAACUGAAAAGCAUAUUGCUUGCAUUUCAGGUGGAUAAAUUAUGGUUUAUUCUUCAGCUUUAAAUUAGACUGAUUAUACUCUAAUUCACUUCAAGGCCUUAAAUUAUCUUCAAUGACUUCUCUUGUUCAUAUACUUUAAUUUUUUUUUAUUGUGCCUUGUCAUUGUGAUCAAGGCUAUGCAGGAUUGCACUAGCUCCAUAAUGCAGUAAUAUUGAUAACUGAAGAUAGUUUCAAAAAGGGAUCUUCCAUUAGUUUGAGAAUGGCAAAUGAAUUUUACAGGGUUUGUCCUAUGCUAUCUCAAAGUUUGAAACUAGGUUCUCUGUACAAGCACUUGUUUUGGAGAUCACUGAAAAUGUCUCCAGUCUAACUUCUAUUCAUACAGGAGAACCUGCUUACCUUCAAGGUAAGUUACGGCAAUACACUGCUUCAAUUCUAAUUUAUUUUUCAUUUCAGGGGGCAAAUAUGCAAUGAAUUGGCCCAGACUUUUAGUAAAAUUUGUGAUGUUUGUAUGUUAACUGUCCAGACAAACUAAGAGAAGCAUAACAAACCUUUGCUUAUUUCUUUUUGAGUCUAUCCAAGUUUACAGUGAUUGAGAACUGAUUGAGGUUAAGAUUUCAAUAAGAAGAAAGCAUGUUUUGUGCUGAAUUCUUUUUAAUUUAUAGUGAGCUACAUUUAUAUGAAGAAUUCUGUACAUGUUAAAAGUCAGGAUGACCAAAUGUAAAUUUAGUGAGUGGGCCAAUUAAGAUGAUAAAUAUGCACUUUUAAUGUGUAACUUUUAUAUGCUGAAUGGUACUUUUUUUUUUCUUUUGAGGUAGUUAAUAAGGUAUGAUUGUGUCUUAACUUUUGAAAAAUUUUUAAGACAGAUGGAGGCAAACUGGGAUGUUUGUGAAAUAGAUAAGAAAGAUAUUCUCAAUUAUAGUUAAAUUGGUUUGAAUUUCAGAUAUUCAUUAUUGAAUUUACUCCUGUUUUAUCACACUUCGGAGAAGGCACCUGAACAGUAAGUGAAUCCUGGACAGUCUACUCUCCUUCUGAAAACAAUAGACUGAUACUAUUUGCAGACUAAAAGGAGAGAACCCUUAGAAAUACAUCAGGCUAGACUCAAACCUUUUUGUUCUUCCCUAGCUUUCUCCUUUCUGUCUCAGUUACUGUACCAACAUUGUGGAUGAUAUUGAAAUUCUGCAUAAUGUGAACAGGAUAAAUUAUUUAUAAAUUGUUUUUCAUAGGCCAGUUCUUUACUAUAAGUGAAUUUUAGUUUUAAACACAUACACAUCUUCAGUUUUUGAUAGCUCUGUUCACGACGGAGGACUGUUCCGGUGCAUUGUCCUGGAGAAGCAGGAGCAAUCAGCGUCAACUCACUGCAUCUGAUUUCCUGUAACAGUGAUAUUUGACCACAAGGGGAAAAGUGUGUCACUGGGGGGAACAAAAAAAAGGAAAACACAUAUACCUACAUAUACCUAUAUAUCUGCAUCUAUAACUUUAUUCUCCAGUUAAAAUUUGUAUAAUUUGUUUCAUUUUUGAAUUUACGACAAAAGGAAAAAAAUGAAGUCUGAAGUUUUAAAAUAGAUUUUAUUUUUGUUGUCUGUUAAGUAUUUACCGAAGCAAUCCUAAUAUACUAAGAGUGAUCCAUAUUUACAUUGAACUAACACUGUCAGAUAAUCAUUGGUUUUAACAGCACACUAGAGUUUGAAAAGACCAUUAUUUUCAGAUAUUUUUACUGUGUAUAGUUUGAGUCUUUGUUGUGUUAACUUAAAUUUGAAAUUGGAAGACUUCCUUAGGUUAGAAAAUUCUUACAUACGAAUGGACUCCAUCCGAUGUAAGAGUUUCGUAGGGAGCAGAAGUUCACUUCGGUAACUUCACUGUAAGAUUGAGCCCAUUAAAUUUACAAUGUACAAUUACACACACACACACACACAUAAACGCUGUAAGAAUUUAAGAUUUUUGCCUGGGUCUUACAAGAAAACAAAUUCCUUCCUCAGGCUAUAAAAUUUUGUUGUCAAAUAUGAAAAAAAAAUACUGGUGUAUCCAUUUAUAUCAAAGGCACACAGGCACAUUGUGAAUAAAUUCACUGCUUUGAAACUGCAUUUCUAACCAUAGUGACUUAAGUAGUAUGUAUAAUGAACAUUUCAGCUUACCCUUUCUUACUUACUAUAGUGUGUAUUGCAAAUCUGAAGGGUUUUAUUAUAAAGAUUUUUUUUUUUUAGUUUGGUAGCACAUUUUGUACCAAAAAUGUCAAACACUGUGUUGUAAGAAUAUCCACAUUUGUAGAAAUGUCCACUUUUCAGAUAAUAUAAUGCCUACCAUUAUACUAACAGAAUCAUAGGGUAGUUGAUUUAUUUUUUUUAUUUAUUAUGUAUAUUUUUGGUAUUGUGGGCUAAGGCAGUGAUAAAAAACUAUUAAUAUAUUUUUGACGUGAGUGCUCUAAUAGCCUUUUUUCUUUCAUUUUUAAACUACACACAUUGUUUUCAGUAGGCACAGAUUUUGUCCAGAGCAGUGUUGCCUUUUGAAUGGUAGGUCUGCUCCUGUUUCCCUUUUGUCACCUAAACAGAGCUUUUUCUUAGAAAAGUAGUAACUGGUAUUAAAUAUUACAUAUUAUAAAAGUAACCAUUGGAGAACUAUUCUUUAGAUUGAUAUAUAGAAACACUAUAUUUGUGCCUUUUUCAUUUUUUAAUUGUAACGUGUAUCGGUAUUUGGAGCACAAAUAUGAAGGUGCCAUAACACUAUGGCCUGCCAUUGUUACCUCCUUGAAUACUCAAGUGUCAUUGUCUUGAAAUGGUAAUUGGAGCUCCUUGCAUGUAUUCCGUGGUCGUUGGGGGGUGUGUGUGUGUGUGUGCGCGCGCACGUACGUGUAUUCGCUUGGAUUUGUGUGUGGUAUGUUUGAGUGAAUUUCUGAAAAUAGGACUCAGUUAAAUGUUGAAAGUUUAGAUUAGUUGAAAUAUAUGCCAUUUAAAUGUGCUUUAUUUAGGGGGACAAUUGAGAGGAAAUCAUAAUUCUUAAACAUAUGACCAACUUAUAGCAUGAUAAAAUGUGAAACAGUGCCUUUUUAGGACAUCAAUUUUUAAACUGAGUUAAAAUAUUAACAAAGAUCUCUUAAAAAGGUGUCAUGAACAUUAUUGGUUUAUUUUUAAGCCAGAUCUAAGUUAGAUCUUAAAUUGCCAAAAGUGUAAUUGCUGUUUUAUUUGCCCAUUUAACUUUUGUGCAUAAAUUUAAAUCCUGAGCAGAAUUCUUUAUAAAACUGUGGCUCAUUGAUGCUACCCAGUGUUAAUAAAAUAGCACACUAGGGCUUUGGUAAAUUGUUUUGUUAAAAUCCAGCUCAACAGGCUUUUCUCAAAGCCGAGUCUACUUGAAGAAGUGACUUAUUCUGAGUUAUUAUUCUCUUUGAUGGACAAAAUGAAAAUACUCAGUGUAUUCCCGCAAAACAAGGUCGGGGGUGGGUUUAGUGUUUUCAGAUUAUAAAAACAGCACUUUCAGCACACAUAAGAGUAUUUUGCAAACCUCUUUUAUACAGAUUAUGAGCUCUGCUUUAUUUAGGUGUUCAAUGGAAUGAUGUAACUUUAGGUCCAGUUGAACGAAUAUUGAGUGCCUACCAUGCAAGACUUCCUCUUCACUAGGAAUGAAAUCACCACACCGUGUCUUCUGUUUGCAUUAUGUGGACUUUAUAUUUAAAUCUUUUUUCUGUUGUUAGAGUUUAUCAUUGUAUACUGUAACCCAGUUAAUUUUGCAUUCAAUAUUUUUAGAAUGAAGGUAAAACUUGAGUCCCAUUUUUGAAAAUAAAAUUCUGCUGAGAUUAUUUAAAAAUUAGUCUGGGGGAAAUUGAUUUUCAAGAUUCAAAUGUAUAAAGAACUUAUAUUGAACUUUUCAGCCUCAUUUUUAAUCAGCUGUUAAUGAUGAGAUACUUUUUGUAUCUUGUUGCUGAAAAAUAUUUUUUGCAUUUCAGCACGUUGACUUAAAAUAAAGUUGUUACUACUUAUUCAGAAU